CGAGGGUUUUUCUCUCUCCCCCUUUCCUAAACACAACCCCGUAUUUCAUCUGUUGUCUCUAUUUGUUUCUAGAGUCUCGCGGACUCAGCUCUCUGCGUCCAGCAGCCCACCUUGUGUCAACACUUGUUUUCAUCCGCACCGAAAAGGGGUUGCAGUCCUCGUGGUUCAAUGGUUUCUCAAUUGUCGCAUACAACACAUUCUGAAGCAUCUCUCGGACAGUUUGCCUGGCACAUGGGUAGCUCAUGGGUACCUCAUGCUCAUGGAGCUCCUAGAGUCCCAUGGCCAAGCCGUGCAUCCCGGCUCUCGUUUAUAAAACGGUCGAUGUUAGACUCUGCCCGGACUAUUCGUCUUCUACCAACAUUCUGCCAUUGGCUUUCACGCUCAUAGAUAUCUCGGUCGCCAAUAACUACAUUUCCCAUCACCAACCCUCUGCUCCUGGCGCAACACCCAGGUCAGCCCAGUACAGAUUCGGACGCGGCCCUCGUUUCAACCGCGCGCGCAUUUUCAAAAUGGGCAAAAGCCCAAAGCGCGUAAGGAAAAGGAAAUUCCGCCUCGCGUUUACCGGCAUCCUCAUUCUCCUGCACAUUAUCGCCGCAGGCGGCGGAGCCACAGUAUCGGCUUUGGUUUUCACCAGCCCCGACGACCUCAGUGUGCCUUUGCAGGCGCUCGCCCAUGCCCUGAUCUUGCAAGGCUCUUUUCUCUCCACUGUCUACGUCCUCGUUCAUAUUGCGGCUUCUCUCAAACGCCUUAAACUUUAUAGAGAGUAUCAUGACGAAUAUGACGAGGAUGACAAUGUUAUAGGCAACCCUAUACCAGAGCAUUUCAGACACAAGUACUAUUCCUGGGCAAGAAUCAUUUGCAUGUUGCUGAUGGCGACCUGGCUUGGCGCCAUCGGGGCUAUUGCCGCCGCCGUCCUCCGUUCCGGAAACCAGGCGUACACGUACCACACCCACCUGGGCGCCGUCGUCUGCGGUAUCGGCUUCGUGGCCACCCUCCCCACCCUGGUUCUCUUGCACAUCACCAACCGCCCAUUUGAGUUGCCCAUGAUGAGGUCCAAAGACUCUGGUUAAUUAAGUAUGAUGAAGAGCAAUGUGACUUACGAACGUUGCAAAACCAAGAUCUUCCGAGGGUGGCGAGUUCACGGAGGGAGGAGUAGUCCAACCCCAAGGAUUCGUGCACAAUGUACAACAUGCCCCGGUGCAGCAGGCCUCUCCAAUGGCCCGAGUCCCUUCAGGCCAGGGUUCCGGCCAGUUUCCACUACAGCCUCAGGGACCACCACCUGCUCACCUGCAAAACUUCCAGCAGGGCGGUUUUCCAUCAGGCCCGGGAGGUGUCCAUGCCCCGCCGAUGUACUAGUU